AUGGAUGACCAGGAGGUCAGAGAGCGAGCGCUUCGCGGUUCAAUUUCGUCCCUUCCUCAAGGCCCUGCAACUGUCCUGUUCGCUUGGAACGAGAGCGCAAGUCAUAUGCGAGGUUGUAGGAGUCCGAGCGACUUGAAUGCCCAGGAGGUCGGAGAAAGUGAUGUGGAUGCCCAUGAGGUCGGAGAGCGAGUGCUUUGCGAAUCAUUUCAAUCGCUUCCUCAAGGUCCUACAUCUGCCUUGUCUGCUUUAACCGAGAGUACACGGUAUAUGCGAGAUUCUCGAGGGAAGAUGCGGGAUUUGAAUGACCAGGAGGUCGGAGAGAGAGCGCUUCCCGAUGCAGUUCUAUCGCUUCCUCAAGGUUCUGCAUGUGUCCUGUCCGCUCGUAACGAGAGCGCAAGUCUUUUGCGAGGCUGUGCAGAACGUUGGAUGUGGAUGACCAAGAGGUCGGAGAGCAAGGGCUUUACGAUGAAGAUCGAUAGCUUCAUCGAGUUCGUUAUCGAGCGGAUGAAAGAGAAUAUUCGAGAGUCACGUACCAGGCGUUAUUGGAUGAGUGUAUCGUUGGUCAGAAAUUUCGACAGCAACGUGAAAAGACGCCGACCGCGUCGAGUGUCUAAUCAAGUUGCCGACAGUGCACGACAAGAGCCAGAAUUAAUACCAUUCAAACCACGUACCUAUGCCACGUUGUGUCAUCUGAGCAUGAUUGACAACGGUCUUUGUAUGGCCUCGAAUACUGAUCGAGGUCCUUCUGCGAAGCAUACGACUGGUGAGAAAGCUGUGAUUUAG